GAAGUAUUUUAUUGUUAGAAAUUAUAAGUUAGUAACGAUUACUAGUAAAAUAUUAUUAACAAAUAUGAAAUACUUAGUAAUAAUUUGUUUGAGUUUGGCAGUAGUUAGCCAAUUUGUUUGGGGUCUUAAAGAUUCAAAUAUCGAUUAUGGAGAUUGUGAUGGGAAAGGUCCAAUUGUUUACGAAGAAAUGUUGAGAGUCCCGGGUGGUAGUUAUACUGAAGAAACUAGAGAUAUAUGCACGCCUACGGAGGAUAAUAAAAUAAAAUGCGUUGAAAUCAAGGACUUAAGGAAUGAUUUAACAAACGGAGCAGCCCACAUAACGGCAGGAGGACCAGGACAAAAAUGUGUUACUAUUAAAUUUAAAUCUCAAUAUAAUAGAGCCAUGGAAUUUAAUAUUACAGUUUGGAAAUCCUAUUAGAAAUUUAAUUUUAAAAUAUAUGUUUAGUUUAAAGUUUUAUAAUAUUAUAUUAUAAUAAAUAAUAAUAUUUACAUAUUUUUUU